AUGGUUUUCUAUUUCACAUCGACUGUCGUGGAACCUUCCGCCUUUAUUUAUGUCGGCAAGGACAAAUUCGAGAACGAGGAUCUCAUAAAAUAUGGAUUGGACAAUGAUGUCUGUGCACACGUCUAUGUGCGCCUUCGAGAAGGCGAAACAUGGGACAACAUCGCCCAGCCGCUUCUAGAGGAUUGCGCCCAACUCACGAAGGCGAACUCCAUUGAAGGAAACAAGAAAGACAACAUCACCAUAAUCUACACACCAUGGUCAAACCUGAAGAAAGACGGGUCAAUGGCGGCCGGUCAAGUCACAUUCCAUAAUCACAAGCUGGUCCGCAAGGUCUAUGUGAAGCAGCGUGAAAACCCAAUUGUCAACCGGCUGAACAAGACCCGAGUCGAGAAAUACCCCGAUCUCCGAGCCGAGAAGGAAGAGGACACGAAGAAGAAGCAGCGCGGUGACCGUAAGACCCGAGAUGAACAACGUGCGAAGGAAAAGAAGAAGCAGCAAGAGUAUGAACAGCUGAAGUGGCAGAAAGACCAUGCAUAUGACGAUAUGUUCACAGAAGAGAAUCUGGAGGCCAGCAACAACCAGGACCGUGAUGAGAAUUUCCUCGACGAUUUCAUGUGA